CCCUCCAAUCCCUCAUUACAGGUAUAUUCUGCAUUAACCCAUGGCACACAGCAGCCUCGGAGGGACAAGUCACGCUCAGGAAAUCGGACGCCUCAGACAGUCAGACUCGCCGCUUGUGAGGUGCCGGGCGGACCAACCUAACUUUUUCCCGUGGCUCCGAGGACAAUGACGCCCGAGAAGCGACCCGCCGAGGACGAGGAGGAGCAGGAGGCCAAGAAGCUGAAGGAGGACUCGACAUGUUCAGCGAGCGAGGCGGCCCAGGACGAGGAGGCCAGCCAGGACAGUGUGGGCUCGGAUUCAGCCUCCUCCUCAGACCCCGAGAAGAAGCGGCUGAGCCUGCCGGCGCACCGAGGCACCGUCGUGUACACCGGAUGCACGCAGUGGGAGUACAUCGGCCGCCGGAAUCUGAAGGGCAUCCCGGCUAUGAUGCACCACGUGCCGCGCCGCAUUGCAGCCUUCAAGGGUAUCCGGCUGGCCUACGUUGCCUCUCACUGCUCGGCGGCACACACCAUAUUCAUCACCGAGGAGGGCAAGGUGUUUUCCCUAGGACGCAAUGAGAAGGGUCAGCUGGGUAUUGGUGACACAGAAGUUCGCUCUGGGGUUGUUUCCAUGGACACAAUGUCGGAGUUCACGGUGGUGGGGGCGGCAGUGGGACGCAACCACACGCUGCUGCUGACGGACAGGGGCUCGGUGUUUGCCUGUGGUGACAACAAGUCCGGCCAGUGUGGUGUGGGCAACAACACAGCGGUGCUGCACACGCCAAGCAGGAUCAGCUUCAAGGAGGGGAAAAUUGUCAAGGUUGCUUGUGGUGCUGAGUUCAGCAUGAUUGUGGACAAGAAGGGUUACCUGUACUCGUUUGGCCUGCCGGAGUAUGGACAGCUCGGCCACAACACUGACGGCAAGUUCUUCAUCACCAGCAACAAACUGUCCUUCCAGCACGAGCGUGCUCCCCGCCGGGUGCCCAUCUUUGUGGAGCGCAGCAAGGAUGGCCACCCCACUCCCGUAACUGACGUGCAGAUCGUGGACAUCGCCUGCGGGAACAACCACACGGUUGCCGUUGAUGCCAAGAAGCGGCCAUACUCAUGGGGCUUUGGCGGGUAUGGCAGACUGGGCCACGCUGAGCCCAAGGACGAAUAUGUGCCUCGCCUCAUCAAGUACUUUGACGGACACAACCGUGGCGUGGACAGGGUGUACUGCGGCUCCACCUUCACAAUCGCCUGCAGUUCCCUCGGCGUGUUCCUGUGGGGCCAGACCAAGCGCACCGGCGAAGCUAAUAUGUACCCAAAGCCCCUUCAAGACCUGUUCGGCUGGGGCGUGCGGGCCGUCGGCUGCUCCACCACCUCCGUUGUGGUGGCAGCGGACGACAGUGUCAUAGCCUGGGGGCCGUCACCCACCUACGGGGAACUGGGCCUUGGUGAGAACUGCAGGUCAAGCACACAGCCCAAGGAGGUGAAGGCCCUGGAGGGCUGCCAUGUGGAGCAGAUCACCUGUGGCAUGGGACACACGGUCCUGCUAGUGAGGGACGAGACCGACCAGGAUAAGGAGAUACUCGGCAAGCUGAAGGAGAUCACUCUCUAAGGUGCCAGCAGGGACUCACUAAGCAGGACUGUGGUGGUGUCCACUACAGUAAGAUUGCAGAUAGUUUUGAGGUGGCAAUUUUUUAGUGUUUCAUGUUUGUAUUUAUCUUUUGAGUUUACAACUUAAAGGAUUUGUCUGUAAUGUUCAAUUGCCAUAAUUGACAAUUAUCUAUUUAUUUUCAAAAUACAGGUAAGCCAAGUACAGCAUAUACUUGUGAAAAGUCAGUCCCUGUAAACGUUUACCCCGGGCCAAAGCUUUGGGCCAAGGCUUUGAUGAGUUCAGUUGAGGAAUGAGUUUGAUCCCUAAGAAAUGUACCAUCCAUGUAAAGUCAACCUCCCAAACCUGGCUGCAAGAAAAUAGUGUGACUUUUCUGUGAGUAUAUACUUACUCCUCUUUACUUAUUUAUGAGUAUGUGACUGAAUGAUUUGCUUUUAUGCAAACGUCUUACCACCUAACCUUUGUUACUUAAGAUGCUUUAGUGCAAACCAAGAGGGUGCUGGCUGCUGCUGGCACACCAGUCAAGGGAACCUUUGACGGCUGUGUCUGCCGGCUGGGACAAGGCGAGGCUCAGGCGGGGGUGAGCUGGCGCUGUAGUUCUUGGACUCUGUACUUGUGUUGUAAAGUCUUGGCAAAGGUCAUGCUGGUGGGGUCAGUGGUGCACAGUGUCAUGAUGGGAGCGUCACCCCCGCCUCACUGUUGGUGCUGAGUGUGUUAGGGCUGGGGCGGCGAGGCUCGCUGUGCCGCCUGAUCACUGAGUGACAAAGAGUUGCAGCAAUAAGGUGGCAAAUUGUAGCCAAACAGUAACACGUGAAGCUGUUCUGUGUUGCAAUUGCUGAAGCUUGAAAGUUCUGUAGAGGUGACUGUGCCAGUGUUUCAUUGCUUUAUUUAUUAUUGGUAUUUCACUUGUCUACAUCAGAAUUCUGUAUUUAUUUAUUUAUUCAUAUAUUUAUUUAAUUACUUAUUUUAUUUUGCUGAGGAAGGAAAUUUUCAUUGACAUUUUUCAGGCAUGUUUUCCAGUGCUAACUCAAUUUUUAUACACCUCAAUGAUUUUUUUUUUUUGUGUAAUUGGUUCAAGUGCAACAAUGAUGAAUAAUAAGUGAUUCUAUUUCAGUGAAGGGGAUGAGACUGUACUCAUCUUCACAUCUGUAGUCAACAGUUGUUCAAACUUGUGUUCAUUUAAAUUUUUAGAUUAUAUUCUUGAGAAGUUUUGAAGAGUAUUUUGCUGCAUUGGGCAGCAGAUGGUUCCCUCAGGAACCAACUGGUGACUCAGCAUCAAAACACAGGGUUUCUAAGAUUUAUAAACAUUGUCCCCACCAAUCAAUGCAAACACAUUCCAGCUAAAUGUUAAAUACCUCACAUUUCUAAGCCUUCUGCAUCUUGGUAACAAAGGUAAAACACAAUUAAGGCAAAAGAUGUGCCCCCAGAUUUAUGAAAAAUUGCAUUCUGUGGUACUCUGCUUCACUCAGCAUCAAAUAUUUGCCACAACAGACUUGUACCACCAUGCCCACACACUCACACCCUCUCUCCAUAGUGCAAUGGUUAGGGUGCUCGCCUCACAACAGAGGGGUCCCAGUUUUGAUUCCUAGGUGGAAUGGAGAUGGAAUGGCAGUCCUCUGUAACCUUUGACUUCUGGCCACCCAACAAUGGACGGGUGCCAGAUGUUGGUCAGUGGUUGUGUCCUGCCUCCUGGGUGCGUGUGGCUGUGAGGUUUUAGCCGUACCCAGAGAUCUGUCACUUGUAUCUCACUCAUUCAGGGACGGUACUGGCGGGUGACCACAAGUAAAAAGUGGUCAGACCAUGGGGGUGAAUUACAAACACACACACACACACACACACACACACACACACACACACACACACACACACACACACACACACACACACACACACACACACACACACACACACACACACACACACACACACACACACACACACA